UUUUAUAAAUCUUGGCAUUUAAAAAGCAAACAAAAAUGCCUCCUUUGAAACCAGUUGUUCUACUAACCUCGCAAUAUCUGCGUAAAAUGGGUUUACCCCAGGCCAUACCUAUUGGCACUGGUUAUACUCACUACUGUGAUUGCGGCACUAAGCGGAGAAUUUAUCCCGACAAGGUACGUUUAGGUUUUAUACCUGACAACUGGUUUCAAUUCUUCUAUCCCAAAACUGGCAAGACUGGACCCUACAUUUUUGGCUGGGGUUUACUCAACUACUUGCUCUCUAAAGAGAUUUAUGUGUGUGAACAUGAAUUCUAUACUGGUCUCUCGUUGGGCAUAAUGUGCGUUGUGACAGUAAAACAAUUAGGUCCCAAAUUCGCCAAUUAUUGUGACAAGGAAAUCGAAAAGUUUGAAAAUAAUUGGAAGAAACAACAUGAAGCCGAACUUAAGGCUUUGCAAGAAAUUAUUGAUCGUGAAGAAUUGGAACAGUGGAGAGCAGAAGGUAGUCUGUUACUGAUGCAGGCCAAGAAGGAGAAUAUUGCUUUACAACUGGAAGCUGCCUAUAGAGAGUCCAUAAUGCAGGUUUACAAAGAUGUUAAAAAUCGUUUGGACUACCAGGUGGCUUGUCGCAAUGUAGAACAGCGCAUAAAUAAUAAACACAUGGUGUCUUGGCUAGUCAAGGAAGUUGCUAAGGAGUUGCCAGAGAAUGUGGAUAAAGAAUUGUUGAAAAAACACAAAGACGAUUUGAGUGCUUUGGCUUUAGGAGUAAAAUAGAGGCUGCGAUUUUAUGAGGGUCACAUUUAUUUGUUUAAUAUAUACAUACAUAUGUAUUUGUCGUCAACACAUGUACAUUAUUUAUUUAAUGAAAAUAAUUUAGUCAAUUCU